AUGACCGAAUCAACGACAACAUCACAACGAUCUUCCAGUAUGAGCUCGUUGGCACAUCCGAGAGAGCGAAGUGGGUUUUUUAUUUGAUAUUUUAUUUUGCCCCGUUUUCAUUGCUUUAUUUUAUUUUAUUCCUACCCUAUAUUUCUUUCCUAUACAGCAAAUCUGAAAAUGCUACAUUUUCUCACAGGUACAAGUUUUCAGGGCUAAGAACAUGAUAGAAAGCAGACCCAUAUCACUUUAGAUUUUCUAGUCGCUGGGAAUUUGCAGAUCAGCAAAACAGAAAAACGUUUUUCCCCUGUUUUGCAAAAGAAAAAAUUGAUUCAAGUUUCCUGAUUAUUUUCAUAUUUUCUCCCGGAAAUAACUUUUUAUUAUUAUGAAUAAUAGAGAUAAUGGAUAAUCUUUCCAUUUUUCUCAGCCCCCAUAAUUUAUUUUUAUUUUCAUUUUCAGUUGUCAUUCAUUUUUUUUUUCGACUUUGAGAUAAUUUUCCAGUGGCCAACUUUUAAUAUCAGAAUUCUUAUUUCAAAAAUCUUUAAAAAGUAGAAAUCUUGUUUUUCAUCUAGCAAAAAUGCUCUGAAAAAAAUGGUAGUUGCUAAGGGAUACGAUAUUAUUCGAGGUAAACAGACGUAUAUAUAACUCAUACAAAAACAAACCCUAUAUCAUUUUUUGUUGAAAAAUAUUCUAUUCAAAAGAAUUGAUUCUUUUUUGGUUUUGGUUUUUGUUUUGAUUCAUAAGUAAUAAUUCCCCAAAGAAAAAAAUAAAUUGUAUCUAAUUAAUUAGCAAAGUACAAAUGAUUUUCAGGAAAAUCACGAACUCGAAGUUGUUGGUUUGGUUGUAUUUGGUUGUCUCGUGUUAGUUUGAUGGGAUCUUCGGCAUCAACAUCAAGGUUAGUUUAACAAUUACAGAUUUGUUUCAACUUUUUCCAAUUAAAAAUUAUAGCCCUGAACCUGAUGAAACGAUUUCUGUGCUUGAGAGAAUAGUCAAUAUGCUUGGUGAAAAACCUCUGAAAAUGGCGCAUAUGUUGAAAGUCACAAAAUAUAUCAAUGAAUCUAGCGCGGCUGAAAAAGCCAAUCUCUUUCGAGCUGGAAUUCUUCACACACUUCUUGAUUUGAUUGCUGAAACUGCAAUAUCUGAUAACAGUGGUCAAUCGUAAGUUUUUUCACACAGAAGAGAGGAAGAAUUGUGUUGUUUUGUUAUUAUUAUAAAAAUAUGUACAAAUAAAUAAAUAAAUGUGGGAAAAACAACAGCGGAAAAAAACAAAAUGAUGUGAAUAAAUGACCAACGAAAAAAAUAAUGGCAAAAUAAAGUGAUCAAAUUUCAGAUCAAGAAAUAGCUCGGGUGAAAAUAAAAGACGUGGACGUCGCAAUUCAUCAGCAAGUUUCACACAUAAGGGAAUUGGUUAUGGAACUGGAUCAACACGAUCAAGAUGGGAUAUUGAACGAACUGUAAGGGUUCUUUGAUAUAUUACUCAGGCAAAUCGUCCCACCGGUGUAACACCAAAUCUCCACUCACUCAACACCUUCUCUUCAAUAAUCCCACCGGUGGGCCCACCGGUGGGAAACCGGUGGUCACAAAUUUGAUAAUAGCACCGGUGUACCACCACCUUAACACUCGCUUAACACCGUUUGAACACCGUCUGAACACCAAAAAGAGGUGUUCCACCAGUGUUUUUGUUUAUUUUUCCCACCGGUUUCCCACCGGUGGGCCCACCGGUGGGACGAUUUGCCUGAGUAUAUUUGUAGAAAUUGUACUUUCUAAUUAGAUUUUUUGUACUCUUGAGAAGUACAAAAAUCUAAAAUUUUCAGAUUUUUUUUUCUGUUUCGAGUCAAAAUUAUGUUUUCUUUAGGUUGAAGAAAAAAUGUUACGUGAAGAAAACUUGACAUGGUUAUUGAACGCAUUCAAUGCCUUCAUUAUAUCAUGGCCAAUUGGUGAUGCAUUGAAAAAGAAAUCCGAUGAAGAAAUUGAACAUAUGGAUGCGCAAACAAUCAAAAUAAUUGGCGAUUCACAAAUUUUCAGUAUUCUUGAGUACAAUUUGAGAAAUGAUAGCUUUUUUGACGUCAGUGAACAUAUUGAAAUUUAUCAGGUAUAUAACAUUUUCUUGCAAAAAGAAUGUUGCGGACUUGGAAAAACUCUAUAAUUUUUGAGAAAGACACCUAAAUCAUGAGAAAGUUAUCAUUUUUGUCUGAUCUGUAAUUUUGGAGAACUGGAUUUUUCCUGAGAGAAUUGUUUCACAAUCUGAUGAGAGUUUACAUAUGUUCAUAAAAUAUUCACACUUUUUAUAAAAAAUGAACGUCGGAUUUUAAUCGUUAUAAUCUGUUGUGUGAUGAUCUAGUUAAUAUUUGAAAAUAUUGCGAAUAUACUGAAGAUCACACUUCAUAACAAAAAUGACAACUUCUGAAAAAAAAGGGUUAUUUUCUAAACCCGCAACAUUCAUUUCAUUUUAUAGCAGUAAUUAAAUUGAAAAUAAACAUCUGAAAUUUUUGCAGUCACUCUUGGAGACAGCUGCUUGUAUGUCAGUAAUUCCUGGUUUGAUUCCAAGAUUGGUUAAACCACAUCAACCUGAUGCAAAAUCAAUAGCCAAGGAAUUAAUUCCAAAAUUCAAAGAGAAUAUUUUGAACAUUCAUGAAAAAUGGGGUGGAACUCUUGAAGAUUCAGAUUUCCGUUUGACUGAUUUCUCGCGAAAAGUCGAGUUUUUAUCAAAUGUAAGUUAUCAACUAAAACAUCUGAGAUUGAUUAUAUUUUGUAUUGUUUUUAGUUCGUAAUUGAUUCCGCUCGAACGUAUGAAAGUUCACUCCCACCUGAGCAACGAAUUCGAACAGCAUCGCAAAGAAAUGCGGCGUUGAUUGAGAAAACAUAUGGUGUUGGUGAUUCGGAAGAUAUUAUUUAUCGUAAUCUUAUGAAAAAUCAUCAACUUCAAACUUUCAAAUUUUUCGGAGAUUAUGGAAAACUUGCUGUUCCAUAUACUUUCAAAAAAGAAGCUAGAAAUUUGAACCCGUUUUCGCCGAAUCUUAGAGAAAGGUAAUUGCAGCUCACAAAAAACUAUUUCAGGGUAUAAAUUUGAUAAAGUUCAAAGAACAAAUAGAAAUAAAAAAAAACAGUUUCUUAUUUUUUCUAACGAAUUUCGGAAAUUCAAAAAUAUGAUUCACGACUUAUUGACAGAAAAUACAUCAAAAGUGUCUUCAGUGAUGAAAACAUUCUUACUCAACACACAUUUUUGGUUUUUUCAGAACUAAAAGAAUAGCAAAAGAAUUAGCUUCAAUGAACAGUUCACUGCCAUUAAAUGCCAGUAAUUCAAUAUAUGUUUGUUAUGACGAAGGUAGAUGUGAUCUUUUGAAAGUUCUAAUUUCUGGACCAGACGAUACACCAUAUGCGAACGGGCUAUUUGAAUUUGAUGUAUUUUUCCCAUCAAAUUAUCCAGUUUCUCCACCAAAAUGUGCAUUCCUAACCACUGGCGCUGGAAAUGUUCGUUUCAAUCCAAAUUUAUAUAAUGAUGGUAAAAUUUGUCUAUCAAUUUUGGGAACAUGGGAAGGUAGACCGGAAGAAAAAUGGAAUCCAUACUGCUCACUUAUGCAAGUUCUUGUUAGCAUACAGGUUAGUUUGUUUAUAAGCAUCAAAGAUCAUUGCGUAAUUGUGUUUUUUUUGGUAACUAAUGAUUAUUUUUUUCCUUUGAUUUUUCAGACUCAAAUCAAAAAACAUUGUGUUCACACAAUCAGCUUAAAUAUAUUUAGGGAUUUCUUUAAUCUUAAUAAGAACGUGAGAAUCCAUAGUUUUACAUACUUUACAUAGCUUCGACUUUUGAACGCGUAGGCUGAAAAUAAAAUAAAUGUAUUUCAGGGUCUUAUCUUCGUCAAAGAUCCCUAUUUCAAUGAGCCAGGAUUUGAAAAAUAUCAAGGAACUGAAAAAGGCGAAGACUAUUCAAGGAAAUAUAAUUUGCAAAUUGAGCAUGCAACACUCAAUUAUGCAAUAAAAGAACAAUUGCAUAGUUCAUCGUCGCAUUUUAAAGAAAUUAUUCGAAAACAUUGUUGGCUUCGACGCGAAGCAAUUCUUAAACAAGCACAAACUUGGCUGGCAAGUGUGAAACGAGAUAUGCAUGAAGAUCGAGCUCAUAAAAGAAAAGAGUCGAUUAAUUUUGAAAUGGGAAAUCCAUCGUCUCCAAAUCAGGUAAUCUUCAACUUCACGCCGAAGUUUUUUAUUGACGUAAAAAAUGUUCAAAUCUCAUCCUGAGAAAAUACAAAUCUGGAGAAGGGGAAAUGACGCAUUUUUUGAGAAGAGAAGGAAAAGGGGAAAUGAACUUUCGAGCCUUUUUUCUGAAAGGAAUAAAAUAUUUAAAGGGAUUUUUUCAGGAACAUGCAAUCGAAUUAUUGAUAACCGAAUUGACAAAUAUGAAAUCACCAUUUGAAGGAAAAUACAAAUAG